GAAUCGCGGUCACAUGAUCUCGUGUGUACAUAUUGAUCGAGUGGGCCAUGAUCAGCCUAGAACUUUAGAACCAUGACCAUGAAGGCAUGAUGACCACGCUAAUUUAUACUUAUUCUAGAACCAACCUGUUAACAAAUUAAUCAACAAUACCAAUGCAGCAGAUAGCAGCUGGAAGGCCUGAAGGACAAAUUUCAAUGGUCUAAUACCACACAAUUCUACUAUGAUACGUUUAGUCUGCAACAAGCGGUUCUUCGAGCCACGCUCAUCAUGUAGUCAAAAAGUGGGUAUACACACCCUUUUCAUCGUUACCUCAUUAUGUAUUCAAGUGACCUCUGGGUUCAUGACCCCUGACAUGAUACUGAAGAUGGCCACUGCAGGAUGCCCUCCCAUGACACCCCAUGUCCAGGGUGAAGUAUCUAGCAAGUGUGAGGCUGACCUGGCUGACCUCAUGGCAACAGAGACCGGUGAACUGAUUCAGGUUGUUGACUCUUUUGGGAAGCCCGAGUCGGGUCUUCUGGCCGGUAAUGCAGUAUGGAUGGGCCACUAUGAUGAAUGCAUGAGCAUCUCAGAUUUUAAUUUCUGCAUGUCAUACCUACAGCUUACAUUACCACAGAACAGUUCUAGUGUUCCAAGUCCUACAGGUAAAACUCAGUUGAUGUGGGGAGUGUGUGUACCACAAUCUUGCUCAGACUCUGACAUACUGUAUGCUCUACAAGACUUACUGACUUUGGUGGAAGCUCCUUUCAACAUUACAGCUGUCAAUGCUUCUUCGGUCGUCUGUGCUCAAGAUCCCCCUGCUCCAUACAACAGUAUCGGUUUUAUUGUUACAAUGGCGAUUAUUGGAUUAUUAGCAAGUUUGAUGCUCCUAGGGGCUUUCCUAGACACCACCCUGCGUUCAGUAAACUACAAGGCCCCGCCCAGCACCCACAAGCUGGUCAUCAACAGGACAUCAGACUCUUACCCCUACCAGAGAGUGAGAAGCCCCUCUGGAGGUGAUGAUAGGGGUGCGGUGGAGGAGGAGGACCAAGGGGCGCGAGAUCUGGAGGAAGUCCCGACAGCUUGCACCAGGGCAUGGCAACAGUUCCUGCUCUGCUUUGCUGUUCAUCGCAACCUCACAAAACUGCUGUCUUCUAAGACCAGUGAGGGCGGUAUAAGCUGUCUGAACGGCAUUCGGGUCAUCAGUAUGACCUGGGUCAUCCUUGGUCAUGUGCCACUCUUUAUUCUUAUGGCAGGAGUUGUGGGGAAUCCAUCAGUUGCCUUGGAUUUCAUUGGUCGAUUUGGGUUCCAAGCAGUGGCCAAUGCAUUUUUCUCAGUUGAUUCAUUUUUCUUUCUCAGCGGCUUGUUGGUGGCUUAUAUGGCUCUGGGUAAAAUGGCAAAGACGGGAGGGAAGCUUCCUUGGUUCUGGUUUUAUUUCCAUCGAUACUGGAGACUAACCCCAGCGCUAGGUAUGACCAUGUUGAUCUGGCUCCAUCUGAAACCUUACCUUGGCUCCGGACCUAUCUGGCAGGCUACGGUCUCCGAUCCGUACUGCUCCAAGUACUGGUGGGUCAACCUGCUUUACAUCAAUAACUUCUACCAAGAUAAUUGUAUUGCUUGGGUAUGGUAUCUAGCUAAUGAUAUGCAGUUUUUUAUCAUCAGCCCUUUUCUGCUCAUCAUGCUACACAAACUACCAUUGCUUGGACUGCUUAGUAUGCUAGUAAUUUGUGUGGUCAGCUCCAUUACUACUGGUGUUCUCAUGGCUAAACACAACUUCUCUGUUCUUUUUGUGGAUUUGUCUAAUCCAAAUCCACCUGCAGAUAUAAAUCAAUCCUUUCAGGAAGUGAUCUAUGACAAGCCGUACUGCCGCAUUGCACCUUAG